AAACGCGUCCUGCUCUGGCCAGGCCACGUCUCGCUCGAGGCUCCUCCGGCCACCACGUCGCUGCCCGCCUCCGGCCACCACACCAAUCACAUUCCACCGGCGGGAAGCUGAUCCUGCGGCGCAACUAUUAGCGCAGCGCUGCUGUAGUGUCGGAGCAGCUGUAUAGUCUGUAUGGGAAUGGACGCGGAGGGGUUGCUGGCGUCGGCGGCGAUCAACCUGGGGCUGGCUCUGGUGGCGCUCUCGCUCUUCUCCAUGCUCAAGAAGCAGCCGGGGAACGCGCCCGUUUACCGGUCCCGGCGGAUGGCGGCCGGCGAUGGUGGUGCUGGCUUGCUGCCGCUCGGCCACGGGCGGCUAACCCCGUCGUUCCGGUGGAUCGGCGCGGCGUUCCGGCUCUCUGAAGAAGACGUGCUGCGCCGCCACGGCCUAGAUGCGCUCGUCGUCAUCCGCCUCUUCAAGUUUGGGAUCAGGUGCUUCACUGUUUGCUCAAUCGUGGGAGUGCUGGUCCUUGCUCCAACAAAUUAUACUAGUGAAGGUCGAGCUGGCAUCAGAAGAUCGAAUUCCAUGGAACUAUUCACGGUUACCAAUGUGACACGGGGAUCUAAUAGGCUUUGGGUCCAUUUUUCAUGCCUUUGCUUUAUAUCCUUUCAUGUGGUAUAUUUGCUUCAUAAGGAAUACAAAGAAAUUACUAGGAGAAGAAUUGAACACUUAAAGCAUCACUGCAAUAGACCUGACCAAUACACCAUUUUGGUUCGAGGAAUUCCUUCAUGCCCAGAUCAUGGAACUUAUGGGUGUUAUGUUGAUCACUUCUUCUCAAAGCACUAUCAGACUUACCAAUCAUACCAAAUUGUACAUGACAUAGGCAACAUUGAGGUACUGCAGAAGUUGGCAUCCUCCAUUGAUAAACAGAUAAAGAGGAAAAGAGAGACCAGAAAAUGUAAUAUUUGGCAGAGGAUUUGGUUCAAGUUUACAUCAGAAGCAAUAAAUAUUCAAAGACAAGAAGAAAAACUGAAAGAUGUACAACAGGCUAUCCGCCUCCUACAGUGUGAAAAUAUGCUUAAACAAAAGGAGGUACCUGUAGCUUUUGUCACAUUCAAAUCCCGGUUGGAUGCUGCCCAUGCUGCGGAAACGCAACAACUUGUCAAUCCACUUUCAUUAGUUACAACUUAUGCUCCUGAACCGAAUGAUACGAUAUGGAAAAAUUUGGCCAUUCCGUUUUGGCGCAUGGCUAUGUACAAAAUCGGAGUCUUCGUUGCUGCAUUUCUGCUAAUAGUGUUCUUCACCAUCCCUGUGACAGCCGUGCAGGGGAUAGUGCAAUUUGAGAAGAUUAAAAGGUGGUUUCCACCAGCGAGAGCUGUGCAGCUUAUACCAGGUUUGAAUUCUAUUGUAACUGGAUAUCUUCCGAGCAUGAUCUUAAAUGGCUUUAUAUACUUGGUUCCCUUUGCGAUGCUUGGUAUGGCAUCAUUUGAAGGAUGUAUUGCCAACAGCCAAAAGGAAAUUAAGGCCUGCAACAUGGUGUUCUACUUCUUGCUCGGAAAUGUUUUCUUCCUUAGCAUUCUGUCAGGUUCUCUACUCGAUCAGCUAGGAGAAUCUUUCACGCACCCAAAGGACAUCCCUAGCCGUCUUGCUAGUGCUGUCUCUGCACAGUCAGAUUUCUUCAUCACAUACAUUUUGACAAAUGGCAUGUCAGGAUUUUCUUUGGAAGUUCUUCAGUUUGGUUUGCUAACAUGGCAAUUCUUAAAGGCGCAUUGGCUUGGGCAUAGCAAGGAGCCAUAUCUUUAUGGCUUCCCUUACUACAGAGUUGUGCCCAUCGUUUCCCUUGCAAUAUUGAUUGGAGUGGUCUAUGCUGUAGUUGCACCCCUUCUUCUUCCGAUCCUUUUGAUUUACUUUCUGCUCGGUUAUGCAGUGUACAUCAACCAGAUGGAAGAUGUAUAUGAGAUCACAUAUGAUACUUGUGGACAAUAUUGGCCGAAAAUUCACCACUACAUAUUCCUAUCUGUCACACUUAUGCAAAUCACAAUGAUCGGGUUGUUUGGGCUGAAGUCAAAGCCUGGAGCUUCCUUCGCCACAAUUCCCUUGCUUGUGUUCAACAUUCUUUUCAAUGAAUACUGCAAGGUCCGGUUUCUCCCAACUUUCCACCAUCGACCCGUCCAGGUUGCCAAGCAGAGUGAUGAGCUUGAUGAGGCUGAAGGAACAACAGGCAAUUUGGACGAUGCAAGAAGCGCUUAUAAGCCACCGUGGAUGCGUCCGACGAACCUGGAAUCUAGUUCUGCACAACCUUUGAAUGUUUGAUCCGUUUUACAUGAUAACAGCAGCCAUGCUGGUGCUGAUGUCACUUUUGCUGUUUAAUAAACACCAAGGCCCUAUUUGAUACCUUCAUUUUGAGGAAUUGGAAUCUACAAUAGACUAUGUAUUUUGGAAUGUAGUAUU